AUGAGCCAACAAGGGUCACAGGUCCGUCAGGACAUGCCACCUUCUGGUGGCUACAGAAGCUUCAACUUUAACAGAACUUUCCCCAAGAUUGUCUGGAGACCUGGAGUUGUGGUUGCCGCAGUUUUUGGUGCUUCUGUUGUUGGAGCUUAUCAAGCUCUUGAAAGCAAGAAGGAUGAUAUCACAGAGAAGUUCGAGGAUGUAGACAUCAACAAUGCCAUGCAACCCUUCUUAACAGCAGAGAGAGACAGAUAUUGGCUAAAACUGUUGAGCAAGAAUAGAGAGUUGGAAAGCGAGAUCAUGAAGGAUGUUCCAGGAUGGAAAACUGGAACAUGGUAUGGAGAGCCCGUAUAUUUCACUUUGGGAGAUAAAUGGUGGGAUCCUUCAGCCACAGAGAUCUUUGCUCAUUCAUGGGGCUCUGUAAGCGAACGUGAACACUUGUGGCGUCAGCAUUCUGAAUAUGCUGGACCAAAGUUCUACGACAACUGGAUCCCUAAAGCAAUCGGACGCUAUCUUUGGUGA